AUGUGCAGCUUCGGCAGCCGCAUCCUGCCGCGCCCGGGGGACAGCCACCUAUGCUACGUCGGCGGGGAGACCCGCGUCGUGUCCUUCCUGUGGGCCGUGGCCUCCUUCGCCACCCUCGUCGCCGCGCUCGCCAAGGUCGCCCCAGCCCUCUUCGCCCUGGAGCUGCCUCGCUCGUCGCUCAAGUACCUGGUGCCCCGGGACGACCUCGACUCACUCAUCUCCGCCAGCCCCGACAACGACAUCGCCGACGAGCUCGACCGCCUCCACUACGAGGCCGCCGCCGCCGCCGUCGCCAGGCUGCUCCGACUCAUGCCAAGGGCGGAUUGA